GCGCGCUCCCCUCUGCCCGGCCUGAUGCUCCAGCUGCUCGGUGGCAGCGGGGAUUCGAGAGCAAGGGACAGCAAUUAGACCCAUCCAGGCAAAACUUUAGUUCUCUUCUAAAACUUUUUUUUGCACUCUACCUUGAAACCCGAAUUUUCCCGCAAAAUGCCUGGUGGCGCACUGACGGGGUUACUGGUCGCGCUGUGCGUAAGCAGCGCCGUCCACGGCUUACCAAAGAAGAGCCGCAGACAAAGCGGCCAGCAUCAGGUGUUCCCUCAGCUCAAUGACGCCGAGGACGUGUCUCCAGCUGGCUGUGAGGAAAACGGUCGCUCAUACAGACCGAACGAGCGGUGGGAGAAACCCUACCUAAGUGGCACACUGCAGUGCACUUGCAAUGGAGCAACAGCCAUGAUCACAUGUAAAAGUAGACCCGAAGUGGAGGAGUCCUGUUACGACAGGCACAAUGACCGCUCAUACCAGAUCGGUGAAACCUACGAGAGGUCAAAGGACGGGAUGAUGUGGGACUGCACCUGUAUUGGUUCCGGUCGGAGCAAGAUCAGCUGCACCAUUGCAAAUCGUUGCCAUGAAGGUUUGAGGUCUUAUAAAAUCGGGGACACUUGGCAGAGGCCUCAUGACACGGCUGACUACAUGCUGGAGUGUGUGUGUCUUGGAAAUGGCAAAGGAGAGUGGACCUGCAAACCAGUGUCGGAGAGUUGCUAUGACAACAACGCUGCAUCAUCGUACGUUGUGGGGGAGACCUGGGAGAAACCGUACCAAGGCUGGAUGAUGUUGGACUGCACCUGUCUGGGAGAGGGAAACGGACGCAUCACUUGCACCUCUAGGAACCGCUGCAACGACCAGGACACCAGGAAGUCCCACCGUAUUGGGGACACAUGGACGAAGACGGACAAAAGUGGACACGUUGUGCAGUGUCAGUGCUUAGGAAAUGGCCGUGGAGAGUGGAAGUGUGAGAGACACAACGCAGGCCGAACCACAAGUGCGGUCUUGUUGGGCCCCACCCAGAUUGAGCAGCUGCCGGAGCCCCCCAUCGAGGGGACGUGCCGCACGGACUCUGGAUCCACCUACUACGAUGGACAGCGCUGGUUCCGAAGCCAGGGCAGCAAGCAGAUGCUCUGCACCUGUCUUGGCAACGGAGUCAGCUGCCAGGAGUGGGAGUCCAGGACGCUCACGUAUGGGGGCAACUCUGACGGCCAGCCGUGCACUUUCCCGUUCGUCUUCAUGGGAAAGACUUACUACUCCUGCACCUCGGACGGGCGCACGGACGGGCAGCUCUGGUGCGCUACAGGUUCAGACUAUGAGAGGGACCAGCAGUACUCUUUCUGUACCGAGAAGAACGCCAUUGUGGCAACACGAGGUGGCAACUCCAACGGCGGCCUGUGUCACUUCCCCUUCCUCUACAGUGGCCGCAACUACACCGACUGCACUUCUGAUGGGCGCCGUGACAGCAUGAGGUGGUGUGGCACCACCCAUGACUACGACACGGAGCAGCGCUUUGGCUUUUGCCCCAUGGCCGCCCACGAGGAGUCUUGCACCACCAACGAUGGAGUGAUGCACCGUGUGGGCGAUAAGUGGGACAAACGCCAUGAUGUCAUGGGUCACCCGAUGGAGUGCACGUGCAUCGGCAACGGCCGCGGGGAGUGGAGCUGCGUCGCUCACUCACAGCUGCUAGAUCAGUGUAUUGUUGAUGGCUUGUCCUAUGAAGUAAACCAGGAAUUCAACAAGCGCCACGACGAGGGCUACAUGAUGAACUGCACCUGCUAUGGACAGGGACGCGGACGCUGGAAGUGUGACGCAAUCGAUCAGUGUCAGGAACCACAAACCAGGGCUUUCUAUCAGAUUGGAGAGACAUGGGAUAAAGUCCUCCAUGGCAUCAAAUACCGCUGUUAUUGCUACGGCAACGGGAUAGGAGAGAUGAGGUGUGAACCUCAGCAGACCUACCCAGACGGCCACCGUCCUGUCCAGGUGAUCAUCACAGAGGCAGGAAAACAGCCAGACUCCCACCCCAUUCAGUGGAACCCCCCCUCAUCGGUUCAAAUCACCCAGUACAUCCUCAAAUGGAGAAUUAAAAAUACUCGCGCACCCUGGAAGGAGGUCAACGUUCCCGGCAACCUCAACCUCUACACCAUCACUGGGCUGCGUCCAGGCAUCACUUACGAGGGUCAGCUGAUCAGCAUCCUUCGCUACGGACGCCGUGAGAUCACACGUUUUGAUUUCACCACUUACCAUGGUUCCUUGGAAACAUCGGAGGGAGAGACAACCUCGCCGGUUGCGGUGACGGACACUUCUGAGUCCGUGACAGAAAUCACCUCAAACAGCUUCGUUGUGUCAUGGACGUCGGCCUCCUCUACCAUCUCUGGCUUCAGGGUGGAGUACGAGCUCAGUGAAGACGGGGCCAAGCAGAAAGUCCUGGAUGUUCCUCGCACAGCCACCGCCGUCACCAUCGCUGACCUCCUGCCAGGACGCAGAUACAACGUCAACGUCUACGAGAUCCCAGUUCAAGGACAACCAAACCUCAUUUUGACAACCUCCCAGACUACAGCUCCUGACGCACCUGCUCAGCACGCUAUCGAUGAGGUGGGAGAGUCCUCUAUCAGAAUCAGCUGGUCCAGGCCUCAGGCUCCUAUCACUGGUUACCGGGUGGUGUACACGCCGUCAGCGGAGGGCAGCAGCACAGAGCUCAACCUGCCAGACUCAGAAACAUCAGUGACGCUUGUCGACCUUCUUCCCGGCCAUCUUUACAACAUCAGCAUCUACGCUGUGGAGGAGGAGCAGGAGAGCGAGCCUGUUUUUGUACAGGUCAACACCGCCGGAUCCCCUGUACCAGAGGAGGUCCCAGCCCCCACAGACCUGCAGUUCUUUCAGGUUACUGAUAUGAAGAUGACCAUCACCUGGACUGGUCCACCCAACGAGGUGACCACCUACAGGGUGCACUUCACCCCCGUUGGUCCUGACGGCACUGAGACGAGGCUCCUGCAGCUGCCGUUAUCACACAACGCAUACGCUGAGAUCACACACUUGCAGCCGGGCACACAGUACCGCUUCUACAUCUACGCCAUCAACGGUGCAGUGGAGAGCAAGCCGCUAGUGGGAGAAAAGUCUACAAAACCCGAUUCGCCCACCGAUGUGCGUUUCACCGACAUUGGCCCCGACAGUGGCAUGGUCAUCUGGGAGGCUCCCCGUGCCGUCGUCAGUGGCUACCGUCUCUUCCUGAGCAUCGAGGGCUCCAACCCCAUCGAGAAGAGAAUCCCCGGCAGGGUCACACAGUACCCUUUGAGGAAUUUACGCCCAGACACGCAGUACACGGCCGUCCUGCACUCAGACCUCGACAAUGAGCUCAGCGAAGGCGUCACCAGAUAUUUUACUACCUCUCCCCAGAUGGGAAAUGCUCCUCCUAUCACCACUGAGGUCACUGAUAGCUCUAUCAUCAUCACUUGGAUACCUGUUCGCAGGUUCAGCUACAAGCUGUCUGUGCUCCCCAGCCAAGAAGGAGAGUCUCCCAGAGAAGAUACUUCUGACUCUGGACAUAUUCUUAUUCCUGGUCUCAUUCCUGGGACUCAGUACACCUACAGCGUUCAGCCGAUCUUCAACGGACGCAACCGUGGAAACCCUAUCACACGCAACGUUGUCACUUCCCUCCCUCCUCCCACUGACCUCAGAGUAGAGUCCAACACUAUCACAGGAGUGCUCACUGUCCACUGGGCGGCUUCCAAAACACCAGGCAUCACGGGCUACAGAGUGACAAGCACGCCGACCAACGGCCAGCGAGGAAACACCCUGGAGGAGUUUAUCGAAGCAGAUCAAACAUCUUGUGUGCUAGAGAACCUGAACCUGGGGGCCGAGUACAACAUCAGUGUCUUUACCAACAAGGGCCAUUUGGAAAGUGUGCCUGUGUCCACUACUAUCACACCAGACAUCCCCACGCCACGUCACAUUGACUUUGUCGACAUUACUGACACCACCAUUGGCCUGCGCUGGAUCCCUCCGACCUAUGCUACCAUUACUGGUUACCGGAUAACGGUAGUAACGUCGGGGGAGAGCUUGCCAAUUUUUCAAGAUAUGGUGCAACCGUCUGCUGGUUAUUACACGAUACGUGGUUUGGAGCCGGGUGUGGACUAUGACAUCGGUAUCUCCUCAGUUACAAGGGAGGGGGAAAGCCAGCCGACCACACACACAAAGCAAACACAAGCUGCUAUUCCAGCUCCCACCAACCUGCAGUUUAGAGGGGUGGGUCCGGACCACAUUAGGGUGACAUGGGCGGUUCCUCAUGUUGCCACGGCAAGUGACAUCUCUCGGUUUGUCAUCCGUUACCACCCUGUUGCCACGGACGACGACAUCAAAGAGGUUAAUGUCGGUGGAUCCACCAACACCUUCGUGCUGGAGAACCUGCUGCCCAACACCGAGUACCGUAUAAGUGUCGUUUGUGUGUACGGUGAACGAGCAAGUGAGCCGGCCACUGGGACACAGAGGACAACUCUGGACUCCCCCACUGGCUUGGACUUUUCCGAAAUUCGCACCAACUCCUUCAUCAUUCACUGGUUGGCUCCGACCGCCGCCAUCACCGGCUACCGCAUCAACUUCCAGAAGACGAGCGGCGGCCUGGCAAGAGACGUGAGGCUGCCCCCAACCAGGAACCACUACACUCUGACCGGACUGACACCAGAGACAGAGUAUCUGGUGUACGUGUAUGCUGUCAACAACAAUCAGGAGAGUCAGCCUUUGACUGGCACACAGGCCACAAUCUCUGAUGCUCCAACUGACUUGGAAGUAACAUCAUCCACCCCGUCCAGCAUCACCAUUCGCUGGGACGCCCCCUCUGUCACAGUGAAGAACUACAGGAUCACCUAUGGAGGCACAAGUGGGGAGGCUCCUCAGGAGUUCACCAUCCCAGGCACUCAGACCUACGCCACAAUCACCGGUCUUAAUCCCGGUACCGACUACACCAUCACCGUCUAUGCUGUUACCGGAAGAGGGGACAGCCCUGCUUCCAACACCCCUGUCUACGUCACACAUAAGACUGAUACCGAGCCCCCCACUGGCAUGAAACUGACUGAUGUGAGUGACAACACCAUCACUGUUCGCUGGUCUCCUGCUCAGGGACCAAUCAGAGGCUACAGAAUCACAGGUGUCCCCAAAAAUGGCCAGGGACCCUCCUACUCUGAAGUGGUGGCCCCUGAUCAGACUCAGAUAACAUUCACUGGUCUGAUGCCCACUGUUGAGUACGUUGUGAGUGUCUACGCCCUGGGCAACGAUGGACAACCCUCCUCCCCCGUGGUGGAGAAUGCUUUCACUGCUAUGGACCGUCCCAAGGACCUGACCUUCACUGACAUCGACUCAAACUCCAUGCGCAUCACUUGGGACAGUCCUGACGGCACAGUGACAUCAUACCGCGUCACAUACUCCAGCUCAGAGGAGAGUGAGAGGGAGCUACAUCCAGCACCCAGAGGGGACCAGGACACCGUGGUCCUCAGAAACCUCCUCCCUGGGACAGAGUACACUGUCAAAGUCAUCGCUCUCCACGGCAGCAGACCCAGCACACCUUUGGUGGGAACCCAGGCCACAGUGAUCCCUGCUCCAACCGGCCUGGUGAUCUCCGAUGUCGGUCCUUCCACCUUCACCGUGUCAUGGCGAGGCUCCAGUGCCCGCCUGUCGGGCUACCGCGUGGUCGUCAACCCUAAGAACACCAACGGUCCCACCAAAGAGAUGAACGUUGCUCCGGACACCACACGUGUUGUCGUGCCAGGGCUCAUGGUGGCUACUGCUUAUGAGAUACAUGUCUAUGCUCUGAAGAACUCUGUCACCAGCAGACCGCUGGAGGGAGAGACAACCACGCUGGAGGAGGUUAGUCCUCCUCGGCGUGUUCGCAUCAUUGAAUUGAAGGAUACUUCUUUCACGCUGACCUGGCGCUCCAAGAUAGACGACAUCACUGGUUACCUCAUCGAUGCCACUCCCGUCAGUGGCUCGCAACCAACCCUGAGCAGGACCAUCCCAAGAGAUACAACCACCUACACCUUCACAGGUCUGCAGCCCGGGACAGCGUACUCUGUUAACCUGUAUACUCUGAAGGGCAACACUAGGAGUGAAUCAUUUCCCAUCAGCUUUACAACAGCUAAACCAGUGCUCCAGGCUCCCACCAACCUCCAGUUCUCAUCUUUGACCCCCACCUCCAUCUCCUUCACCUGGCAGCCACCUGCCACACACAUCACAGGAUACUACGUCACCUACGAGGAGUCAGGAGGGGAGCCACAGGAGCUCAACCCCCGACCCCAUGCCGGCCAAAACUAUGCCACUAUAACUGGCCUGAGCCCAGCCACCAUGUACAUCAUCAAGAUCAUCGCCAUCCAGAACACACAGAGGAGCACACCUCUGGUGGGCAGAAUAAGGACUCGUGAGUAUUUUCAGACUUCUCCUCUGUACACUGCCAAAUGUGAUGGUCUAGGUGAUGCAUUUGAAACUAGUUAUGGCUUGAAAUGGAAGCUUUAAUCUGCUCAUCUUAAU